AUGGCUGACAUAGCAGGCUAUAUCACAGAGGACCUUAAGUGUACAAACAUGCUUACUGAUGGUCUCAAGAAUAUCGCUCUUGAGGCCCGUGAGACAGUUAUUUCUCAGUUGGCGACAAUUCGAGAACUGGAAGAGGAGCACCAAGUCAGCAGCGCACAGCUGCAAAGAUUGAUGGAGAAUAUUGGGACGAGAUCUGAAACUGCAGCAAGCAUGCACAAGUAUCUUACAGAGCUCGAAGAGGAGGACCGACAGAUUGCGAAACUUCUUUCAGCUAUCAAAUACCAAGUGAACACAUACUAUGGGUGUAUCUAUCUUUUACUGGGUAAGAGGCCACUUGCUAUGCCAUGGGACGUCGACAGAGUCAGUCCGGUAUCUUUGCGUAACAGUUGCACAGUUGACCUCUGUGUAGGGGAUCAAUAG